AUGACUGAUGAGAACAUCAGAGCACCCAUAUUGUAGGCUGGAUCAUCUCUUGGUAUUUGGAAUAAAAAAAUAAAAAAUCCGAGAAGUAGUUGGUUGUUCAUUUUUUUUUUCUUUUCUGUUGAGUAAAUUUCGAUGGAAGAAGAAGAACAACAAAAUCGACCAGAAAGCUGUGAAAAUGGGAGAGAAGACGGAGAAGCAGAAGAACAGCGACAACAAGAAGAAAGUGUCUUACAAUUUCUGGAUUCAAUGGAUGGCUAUCUCACUCUCUUGGAUUCAUUGUCUUCGACCCUUCGCCAGGGAUGGAUUGACCUUGCCAGUGCUCGACAUUCCAUGGGUGUAUCACGUGUCACUAGUGUAUUGUUCGACCUCAAAUUGCACUCUGCUUCAACCACAUUGCAUGUGGCUGAACAAGGUGGUGAUUUUUCUCUGAUAGCUGAUUCCAUGGGAGAACAACCACAUUUUGUUCUUUACAAAUGGUCAUCUUCAGACAGUGGAAAAUGUGGGUCAGGGGAAAUAGAAAUUGAUAAACGGGAGCUGCAGCAGUCUAGUAGUCCUCAGCUACGACAUCGAGGGGCGUCCCCACAUUCUGAACUGCAGAAGGAAUACCCAGCAGGGUCCACGACUUCUCCCAAAGCCUAUCAAGUACAAAAUGAGCGCUUCAAAUUGUUAUCAGUGUUUGGAACUUUGGUUUCUCCAAAGCUCCAUACUGCCCAACUUUCAUUCGAGACAGCACUGGGGACACUUGUAAAAAUUGCCAAUAUGCGGUCUUCGAUGCUCUCUGCUUUUGCUCAAGUACAGAAACAAAGUCAGGCUACCACAAAAAUGGCAUAAACUUGCCCAGGACAUAGGUUAGAAUGGCCCAAAUCUUAUGCAAACAUGCUUUGUCCAUCCUCCUUCAUUAUCAAUCUACACUUAUUUACAGAGGUGUGGGACCUGUGAAGCCAGGAUUCUAGGUUCCACAAAAACAAUUUGAUGAAUAUGCAUUGGGCAAGGCGUGACAAAGCACAUUUCACCUCAUGAUAGCUUUAUAGCGUUACUGUUUUUAAAUGACUUGUUUGCUUCAACUAUUAAAUCUCAUGGUUGAUUUUGAAAAAAUAGUAGUUUGUAGAUUGUUGGAACUGGUGAAGAAUCAACAUGGACUCUUACCUGGUGAUUCUGUUUAUGCCCUUUUAAGACUUGGACACUGUUAAUGAAAUGAGACUCGGAACCAUCAUCAGAGAGGUUGUUUGAAGAUA